AUGCCGUAGCACACACUUAGCUUGCAGACCCUCCUUGCAAGCACCUCUCACAGGACAGCACACUAGCAUAUUGUAAUGUCUCCUGUUGGAUAUCAUCAUUGGAGUGUAGAAGGCAUUUCAACUUAAAAUUCUGAAUUAUUUUACGGAAAAGUAAAUCCACAGAUUACUUUGGGAAUGAUAUUUAAACACUUGAGCCUCAAUGAGAUUAUCAAUGGAGGAAAUAUGGAUGGAUGGAGAAAAAGAGAAAGCACAAAGUCCUGGAGUGCUUCAUAUUCAAGAAUGGGAAAAAAAGAACUCCAGAAAAGCAGACCUGUGAGAACUUGUCAUCAGAGCAUAUAUUGUGUCUAGUCCUUGUCAUCACUAACCAUCACUGAACUCUUACCGUGGGCCAGGCACUAGUUCAUCCAUGUAUGUGUCCACUACUGUUCCUUUGCUGAACUCCCACCAAACCUUUGUGAGAACACAGAAGGAAUUCAGCAGAUGUUUGUGGAAUGAAUGUGUUGCUGAAUGUUGGAAUUCAGUAAGUAGAGAGGAGUCAAAGAUAACCUGUCGAUUUUGAGAUGAUGAAUGCUUAUAAAAGAAGAUUUGGCUGGCUUUUGAUGAAAUGGCCAUUAAGAAGUGAUGUCCAGAUGCAACAGUCCAUGUAUCAUAAAGUAAGAUGCAGCGUGGCUUUUCAACCAGAUUGGUUAAGGCAAACAAAGACAACAUUGUAUUUUGAAAUAUGAUUGAACUCCUGAUGUAGCAUCAGAGGCUAACCAUAUUAAUGGCCACAUCUAGUGCUCACAUGGUCUUCUGAAGAAGCCAUGGGUAGCUGCUGUAGCUGUCUAGAUAAAGACACUGUCCCAGAUAGCCAUCGGAACAAGUUUAAGGUCAUUAAUGUGGAUGAUGAUGGGAAUGAGUUAGGUUCUGGCAUAAUGGAACUAACAGAUACAGAAUUAAUUUUAUAUACCCGCAAACGUGAUUCAGUAAAAUGGCACUACCUCUGCUUGCGACGUUAUGGCUAUGACUCCAAUCUCUUUUCUUUUGAAAGUGGCCGAAGGUGUCAAACUGGACAAGGAAUCUUUGCCUUUAAGUGUGCCCGUGCAGAAGAAUUAUUUAAUAUGCUGCAAGAGAUUAUGCAAAAUAAUAGUAUCAAUGUGGUGGAAGAACCAGUUGUAGAAAGGAACAAUCACCAGACAGAAUUGGAGGUCCCAAGAACACCUAGAACACCUACAACUCCUGGGUUUGCAGCUCAGAGCUUACCUAAUGGAUAUCCCCGGUAUCCCUCGUUUGGAGACGCUUCAUCCCACCCUUCCAGCAGGCAUCCUUCGGUGGGGAGUGCUCGCUUACCUUCAGUUGGUGAAGAAUCUACACACCCUUUGCUUGUGGCUGAGGAACAAGUACAUACCUAUGUUAACACUACUGGUGUGCAAGAAGAGAGGAAAAACCAUGCAAGUGUGCACAUCCCACUGGAGGCAAGGGUUUCUAAUGCUGAAAGCAACACACCCAAAGAAGAGGCAAGUAGUAUUGAAGACAGGGACCCUCAGAUUCUUCUUGAACCGGAAGGGGUCAAGUUUGUUUUAGGACCAACCCCUGUUCAGAAGCAGUUAAUGGAAAAAGAGAAACUGGAGCACCUUGGAAGAGAUCAAGUUAGUGGAAGUGGUACAAAUAACACAGAUUGGGACACAGGUUAUGACAGUGAUGAACGGAGAGAUGUACCCUCUGUUAACAAACUGGUGUAUGAAAACAUAAAUGGUCUAUCUAUCCCUAGUGCCUCAGGGAUCAGGAGAGGUCGUCUGACAUCCACCAGUACCUCAGAUACUCAGAAUAUCAACAACUCAGCUCAGAGAAGAACUGCAUUAUUAAACUAUGAAAAUUUACCAUCCUUGCCUCCUGUUUGGGAAGCUCGCAAGCUAAGUAGGGAUGAAGAUGACAAUAUAGGACCAAAGACCCCAUCUCUAAAUGGCUACCAUAAUAAUCUAGAUCCAAUGCAUAAUUACGUAAAUACAGAGAAUGUAACGGUGCCAGCAAGUGCUCACAAAAUAGACUAUUCAAGGCGUCGGGAUUGUACCCCGACCGUCUUUAACUUUGAUAUCAGACGCCCCAGUUUAGAACACAGGCAGCUCAAUUACAUACAGGUUGAUUUGGAAGGUGGCAGUGACUCUGACAACCCUCACACUCCAAAAACGCCUACCACUCCUCUUCCACAAACCCCCACCAGGCGCACAGAGCUGUAUGCUGUGAUUGACAUCGAGAGAACUGCUGCUAUGUCAAAUUUGCAGAAAGCACUACCACGAGACGAUGGUACUUCCAGGAAAACGAGACAUAAUAGUACUGACCUGCCCAUGUGAGCCUGGAAAGCAUUAUGUUGUUGCACCUUUGUGAAGUUUCAAAAUGAAGAUGAAUGCUUCAUUUUCAUUUCUACACUCCUUUUAUAGACUGAGAAAACUUUCUCUAUUUCAUGUGCAUCUUUAAAGGGAAUUAAUGUAGAGCAGGUACUCCUUAAAGAACACUAAUUUCAUUAUAUACUCCUCAUUAUUGUACAGCAGCACUCCCAUUUUCACAGUGCCUAUCUAAAAUGAGAGUUGAAGUGAAUGACAUGCUGGUUGGGUUUUUAUUCAGUAUUCUGGACUUAAGCAUAUCUUUCCCGUCUAAGUUGUGGUUGGAAUUUAAAAUCUUUCAUAAAGCCUCUUGAUAGUGUACAUUGCUAACAGAUAACUCUAGGCUUUGAAAGUACUAUUUGUAGAUUCACUGUUCACAAUAUGUGCUCUACAGCAUAUAACAUGAGGAAUCUUGUAUUUCAUUAAUUAAGGCUUUUUGACUUGGGCCAAAACAUGUAAAAGUAACAAAAGACCCCCACCUCCUUUCAUCCUAGUUAGCACCUCUCCUUUGGUGUUGCUAGAAAGAGUCCUAUAUCAUGAAUAUAGUUUGCUCUCAGUGUGUUGAACGGCAGGCAGGAGACAGUUGUUUACUCAUCUCAUGGUGUCAUUUUAAGGGCAUGUCCAGAUAUCUUACUCAGAAUUACAGUAGGUUUAGGAAUCAGUCUCAGGUCAUUUUACCCAGAAACAUUGGAAAAUCUAAAUCAUGAUCUCUUGGAGUUUCUUUCCUACAGAUUAUUGACAGCACAUUGUUUUCUGGAGACAUUUGUGCCAUUAAGUUCCCAUUUAUCUUGUCCCUGCCCCAACCCUUUGGAUUUUGGGUUGUCUUUUUUCUUAAUAUCUUUUCCACUUUAAAAUGUUUGAGUUUGUAUAUAGUCUUGCGAUUGGAUUAUGUGUUUAUUGUUAUGUAGUUUGCAUUUUUUGUCAAAUUAUGGUCUUGAAGGUUCAUUUGGAACUUACUGUUAUUUCUAUAACAGAGUUGCCUUUGUCCAGUAUUUAUUUAUAUGCUGUUUACUUUUCAAGUUGAUAAAAAAAUUUUUCUAAAUUUUAAAUUUCAUGUGUGUCCAUAGGUGAUCUCUUUAGCAGCUGAAAAAAAAAACAUGCUAAGUUUCUAAAGGUCCUGUCUUCUGUGGGCACAUUCCCAGCACUUUAGCAGGGAGUUCCUCAGCUACAUGGCUUCAGUUGUAUUCUGCCCACUGUAGUGUUCCUCAGCUCUGCUGUCCUUUCACUUGGAGCUGGGUCUCUAACUCUUCCCCCGAUUUCAGUGAAUGUUAAUAUUGUUGCCAGCAUAGCAGGUACAAGUGAAGUGUCUCGCAGUAAUAAGUUUGUGUUAUAAUUUAGGAUCUAAAAUGAACUGAAGUUUAUAUGAUGAGUCCAGAUGUCAAACUCUUGGAAAAUCAAAAAUGUCUCAAAUUUUCAAACAUUAUUCAAUUUAAGGGAAGAUGGAGUGGAAAGAAAAUCAAGUAACUUUGUGAAAUAUGUUGCUUUUUUUUUCCCUUUAAAUAUGAGGAAAUUUGAAAUUAUCAUCUGGAUCCACCAGAUGUGACUAAGGUUAAUUUAACAUGAAAAAAAUUCAGCCAUAUAAUACCCAGUCUAUUCAGUAAGUAACUUAAUUGUAGAUACAUAAAUGGAUUAGUAGAACAAUAGAGUGGGACCAUUAUAAAACAUUAUUAUUACAAGUGUCUGUCAUUAUCUGUUUUUGCUUUUCCUCUCUGAACUUGGUGCUUGCUAGUCUACUGUUCUCCUAAAAAGAGCAGUGGCAUAGAUGUGCAGUUUCCAUUUUUCCUUUCUUCUAAGUAGAUUGCUAAUCGUGCCAAAUUUCUGUAGUCAUUUUUGUUUUAAUGUUGAAUAAGAAUUAUGAUGUAACCAAUGCACAUGGUUUCCUCUAACCAGCAGUCAAGGCAGAACAUUAAUCUCCAAAUGAAAGGGCUGAUCUGUUCGUAUACUUUAUUCUUUCUCAUUUUUGCAUGUUUCUUCCAGGUUCUAAUCAGUUUUUAUAUUUUUUUAGGCAACUCUAAUCAGUACAAUUUGUGCUUUAACUAGUAUGUGGUUAAAGAAUGAAAAUGGGACCAAUUUGCUAAGAAUUUGAUUUUAGGGUACUCAGUGAAUAUUAGGAAGAGAUACACAAGUGGUAAUUUCUAGAUGCCUUCUAGAAGUCACCUUUGUUCCUGUUUAAUAACAAGUCAUCUAGAAUACCACCAUUUUUCACAGUAGCUUAGUAAUGGGCAUUAAACUCUGUCCUGGAAGAAUAUACCUAUUAUUAUAUGGGCUCAUUUUAGAAUAAGAAUUAUGGCCAUAUGUCUCAGAUUUUCUGAGACAAACCUAAUUUUACAUGAUCAGGUCUGUUGAUAGAUCAUGUGACCCAACUUCUGGUUUUGAAAUAUUGUUUUAUUUUUCCCCCCCAAGUAAAAUUCUCUUUUAUCCAUACAGAUCACAGUAUUUCUUCCAGAUGAGGGUUGGAAACGGAUAUGGGUAUUACCAGUGUGUUUCUGAAUGUGUUAUUUCCUAGUUUCAUCUUCCUUCAAAAAAUGAAAAUAUGGUGCCUUCCCUCCCUCCAGGAAGAUUGGCAAAUAGUUCCUUUUACUUAGUGCUGCUGUGGAGUGAUGAGAUACGCACUUUACUCUUGAAGACUCAGCAAAAAGCUUUCACUUCUCAGUAUAUCCAGAAUAGAUCACAUGUGGGACUAAAGAAAAUUUGCCAAGCAAGCUUUGUCUUUAUAGGUAUUAAUGUUGACACCCUACCCCCAGUACAAUGUUAUAAUAGUCAACCUGGUAUUUGUUUAUCUUCCCACCUCACCUACUAAAAACUGGUGGCACAGCAUAUUUUAAAAAAUGUACCUCAAUAAUGUUCUAUUAAAAAUGGGACAGGGGCCUUAUGCUUUCAUAAUUUCCCAACAAUGUGCCACCAUGUAUUUGCCUCAAGGUAAAGGUUUUAACAAGAUAGUACUUCCCAGUUUCCCUGUGCUAUUCUCUAAUCCAUAAUGCUCAAGUGUUUGUGCAAUGUAUAGUAGUAUGUGUGUAUAAAUAUAUAUAUUCUUGAAAUAUACAUACCAUCAGAGAUUCAGAAGUAACUGAUGUACUGGCAUUUUGUUCAUAUUUCUGGUGUGUGAGGUAUAUGGUACUAAUUACCUUUCCUUGAUGUUUGCCAAAUUUUAAUAAAGGCAUUGGUACGAAAUUACAGAAUGUAUAGACUAUGUUUUGGCUUGAAAAUUAGCAAAUGUUUUAUGCCCUACUACAGUGUACUCUGCCCAGACCAGGACCUGCUGUCUUCUUGUUCCUGACACUCCCGUUCUCCAUCCCCACUUCCUUAUUUUUUCCAGGUAUAACUAAAAUCUUUUGUAGCAUCACUGUAGUUGCAACUAUCUGGCAACUGGACAUGAUAUAUGGAAACAGACUGGUAUUAAUAGUACAGUAGUCACCAGCGUGCCACAUCUGCAUUAGUAAAUGCAAAACACACAUUUUAUAAAGGACAAACUUUGUGUUUUUAUUUUCAUUACAUUGUAUAAUACUGUAAGAUUAUUGUAUGUCCUAAUUUGCAUUAUAACUGUCUUUUCCUACAUAAAGGCAUAAAUAUAGCAACUUUGUAUAAAGGUAGCUUAUUAGAGUUUUUUCUUUCAUAAAAGUUGUCUUAACAGUGGGACUACUAUUGCCAAAUUGUAUAUGAAAUAUAAAUUUUACCCCUAUGGUUAAUUGCUUUUUAUGAACAUUCCAUUUUUCUCUAAUUAAAGAUAUGUGAUACUGUACUAUGCAUAAAUUAUGUUCUAAUGCUGUUUCAUAUCAGCAUUUUAAAUUUUGGUUUGCAUUUUUAAUAUUGGCAAAACUUAACCACUGUUAAUUAAAAUAAAAACCUUGUUGUAUAUGUAACAGCAUCAUUUUCCCUUUAUAUCCUUUCCUGCCCUUUGUUUCUCAAUUUCUCCCCAUCAGUGCCAACUUCAUACAUUUUGUAGCAUGGCAAUAAAAUGUAACUUUUCCACAGAGGCCGGAGUGUGGCUUUGGAGGAAGUGGGGAUGGGAGGGUUGUCUUCAGUUGUCCUGGCGUGUAACUGCCAUACAAGCCGUGUCGUCAGGCAUGAGAAGUUAUAUAUGAUGGAAACAUGCUUUUAAGGACAAGUGUGAAUGUGUUUUUAACCUUCAUUUUUGAUGUAACAAUAAUAACUAAUUUUUUAUCUUUGGAAAAGUCAAGAGUUCUUGAAGUACAAUCAAAUCUUUAUUAACUGGAGUACUUAAAGAAUAAGCUAAUGACUGAAUUUUUGUUCAACAAGGGCUAAGCAACACAUUUUUUUAAAAUCCUUAUUUAUUGUAGAGUAUUAGUAUACUUUACUGUCCUGAAAUUAUAACAUGUAAAAUAUGGUUUGAUCUUAGAUGAUGUAGCAUCUUGCAAUGCCUUACUAUUGUCAUUCUGGCAUAGAUAUCUGCAAUGAGGUACUCAAGUUGAUACUGGAAGCCGUGCUGACUAUACACUGACCUUAAGCAUUCAUGAGAAACUGCUUUGUUGAAUAAAACCUGAUAAGAGUUCUUAUGGUCACUUUUCCCUUAUUGCCAAAAGUAGAUUGCAAUAAAAUCACAAUAAAAGUUUGGUUGAAUACCGA